AUGCAAUCAAUGAAUACGGAUCCACCAGCGUUUUACCCUAAUGCACCAGGAGCACAUCCUACAACAACGGGCAUUUUCUUUUCGAAUGGAUUAGAACAUUUUUCCAUGCCAAAUUCAAAUGGAUAUUCACAAGCGCAACAUAUGCCUUCACCAUUUUACAAUCAACAAGUCCAGAAUGUUUAUGGACAACAACCAAUUUACGUUAAUCACUAUUUACCAACAACUCCAUAUCAUCCGAAUGGCGCACGAGGACAGAAUGCACAAUAUGUUCCUCUUAUUCGUCCAUCGAAUGAAAAUUCUACUGGAGCACCAACUUUUAUCCCAACAACAGGAUAUACACCAUAUGGUAAUAGUAAUAUGCAACCAACAUCACAUAUUUAUUCUCAACAACCAUUUUAUCGUUAUUCUGUACCGCCACAAUAUGCAUCACAAAAUUUUUCACAACAAACUACAGCAUCACAAAUAUCAAAUCAAGUACAACCGCAAUAUUCUACAGCUAAUACCCAACAACAAACGCAAUCAUCACAGACACAUCAACCACAAACAUCUCAACAUUCAUCAAGCGAUCCACCACAUGGACUUUCAUCUCAACCGUCACAAUCAACAGAAAAACGUCAGAGAAAGCCAUUGCUCAUUGUUGAUCCUGUCUCACAAAAAGCUGUAGAAGUGAAAGCAUCGAAUCCAACGAAUAAUUCACCAUCAACAUCGAUAGCACAAGAUGAUAAUCGUCUCAAUGAUCCUACGGCAACUAAUACAAAAGCAGCUGAUGAACCAGAAAAAACACAAAAACGAGAUGAUUUUCGAAAACAGUUUGCUCUUCUAUUAGAUCAACACCCUUCAGCAGAAAAGAAUGCAAAUCCAUCAUCUACCGAUGAUCAAAAUGAUGGAAACUCAACAGAAGAGAAACAAACAGAAGAUGUUAUAUCACGAACACAAGAUUCAACAUUGAAUCAAUUAUCGGAACCAGCUCAACCUGGCCAUCCAGGUAUUCCAAUUCGAAGUAUCAAUGAUGAGAAACCAAAAGUUCAAGAUAAUACUAAGCAAGAACGUAAUGAUUCUCAGAAACCACGUGAAACAAGUGAAUCAAUGUCUGAAGACACUACUGAUAAUGUAGUAAUUGUGAAUAGUGAUGAAAAAAUUUCAUCUGAUGAUUCAACUACAAAAGAUCAAUCUCAACCAAUACCAUCCUUAUCGAAUAUCGAACCUGUAGAAUGUGCAACAUUACCAUCACCAUCAGUGGAAACACCAGUAUCAUCAAAUAAUACAGAAUCUGAACUAGUAAAUGCUGUAAGAUCACUCGCAUUAGUAUCAAGACAUAGUUAUACCAAACAAGAACUUCUUAGUAAACGAUUAUAUCCUAGUGCACAAAAGCGUCCAUUAGGUCUCAGAGCAAUCGAUGGUGUUACUGAUCCGCCAACAGCUCGUCUUAUUACACAUAGUAUUACGAGAGGAACACAUAUACCAUUAGAUAAACCCGAAUUACAGAAUCGAAGUGAAAAACCAUAUAUACCAGCUGUUCGAAAUAAAAUUGAAUCGAACGAAAAAUUUCUUCGCGAUAUUACUGCAAUAUUAAACAAAGUGACACCACAAACUUAUGAGAAACUAUUGAAACAACUUGAUGAACUUGAACUUGAUCGUUACGAAAGAUUGGAUGGAAUGAUUACAAUUAUUUUUGCUAAAGCUGUCGAUGAACGAUCAUUUUGUUUUCUUUAUGCUAAAUUAUGUCAAUAUUUUCAAAAAAAACAAAUUACUGUUCCUGAUGAAACGGGAAACAAAGUAACGCAUAGCUUUCGACAAUUAUUAUUAACACGAUGUCAAAAAGAAUUUGAAAAUGAUUAUCGUCAAGAAAUCGGAUAUGAAAAAAAGAAAAUCGACGUCGACGCUAUUACAGAUGAAAAACUUCAAAAAGAAGAAUCUGAAAAAUUAGAAGAAAAUUUAUCUAAAGCUAAACGAAAAAAAUUAGGCAAUAUUUUUUUUAUUGGUGAAUUAUUCAAAUUGCAAAUGUUAACAGAUUUAAUCAUGUACGAUUGUAUUGAUUAUUUACUUCGGGAUAAAACUGAUGAAGAAAGUCUUGAAUGUUUAUGUAAACUUUUAAAUACAAUUGGCAAAGAACUUGAUCUGAAAACAAGUGAUAAGGCGGCAGCAAAUCGAAAAAUUUUGGAAAAAAAUUACACUGACCUUUUUAAUAUUACGACACAUCGACAAACAUCAGCUCGCUUACGAUUUAUGAUACAAGAUGUUAUGGAUUUAAGAAAAGCUAAUUGGGUUGCUCGUCGUGCUGAAGCAAAACCAACAACAAUAGAUGAAAUUCAUGAACAAGAACGAUUGAAACGUGAACAACAAGAACGUGAUCAAGAACGUGACAAGGCAUUACGUCGAGAAUCGAAUCGAGGUGGUAAUAAUUCCUAUGGACAUAAUUCACAACAGUAUACGGGUGGACGUGGUAGUGGUAUGAAGCAACAGUCGAAUCGAACAGAUGAUGAACAAAGUGGAAAUCGUUUUAAUGUCAAUUCAGUACGACAAUUACAAAAGAUUGAUCGACGAAAUGAAGGCCCAUUAGCAUUGAAUUUAGCUCCACAGGGUGCAUGGUCGAAAGGAUCAGCAGUUGAAAAGAAACCUGAAAAUGACCGUCCAAAUCUUGCACGAAAUUCGAAACCUCCUGCAGUUCCUGCUUCACAAUCGCGAUCUAAAACUGGUUAUAAUUUACAAUCUCAAUCAUCUCGCGAAUUAAUACGUGAAAAUUCUACGGAAUCAUCACGAAAAACAAGUACUAGCGGAGUUGCUAGUCCAAAUAAUAUCUCAAUGGCAAACUCACGCGAAGGUUCACGUAAUGUUAGUCGUGAACAAUCGCGUGAAAAACCAAGUAGUGAACGUGCAUCGUAUGCUAAUGCUACAGUAUCAUCAAAUAAAGUAUCUACGUUAGUAAACAAUACUGAUUCCUCCAAAACAUCAUUUGAUGAAGAGAAAACUAUUGCACAUGUACAUUCAUUAAUUGAAGAAUAUACAGAAAACUACUCGGAUAAUGAUGAACGACCAAUACAAGAGGCGCUUGAUGAUGUAAUGGAGUUUUGUACGACAAAUGUUGAUCAACAAGCACUUAUUGUUCGAGAAUUAUUCACAAAUGUAUUAGAAGCAAAACCAAGAGCACGUAAAGCUAUUGGACAUUUACUUGAUGUCGUACUUCAUAAAAAUAUCAUAUCUAAUGAUGGUUUUCUAUCUGGCUUUAAAAUGCUCACUGAUUUAGUUCCAGAUUAUGCCGUAGAUAUUCCUCUUAUUUGGCAAUAUAUUGGUGAAAUUCUUGGUGCAUUUAUUGGUGGUCCAUCACCGAACAUGUCAUUAUUGAAACCUAUUUUACAAAUGGUACCAGCUGAAAAAGCUCAACCGCUAUUCAAAUAUAUCAUCAAAUUUGCUAUUGAAAUUUCUUCAAAAUCACGCAUACAAAAAUUUUGGCAAUCAUCCGGUUUUUCAUUAAAUGACUUAUUUAAAUCAGAUUCUAUCGAUUCCAUAUUUACCAAUGAAUUCAAUUGGUUAUCGGAAAUAAUACCAGCAACAGCGCCACUAAAAGAAAAUCGUGUACCACUUGCUGAUGCACAAUUGGUUAAAUUAUUUAAAUCUGUUAAUGAUCAAAAUACAGUAAUUACUGAUGGUGAAAUUAUAGAAUAUAUUGAAACACAUAUGAAUUCAGAAGACAAAUUUUAUAUUCGUAAUAUUGUUUUAUCUUACUUGGAAGCAUGUUUAAUAAAUCGUGAACCACAAAAAAAGAUUCAAGAAGAUAUUGCAAAAAACCGAAUGACUGUUCUUAAGACCAUUAUUGAACACAGAUCUGAAGCAGAAAUUCAAGCCGUUUAUGCUAUACAAAAUUUCGUUAAUAAACUUGAACAUCCACCAAAAAUGGCUCAAUUGCUGUUUGAUAUUUUCUAUGAUGAAGAAUGUGUAAGUGAAGAUGCAUUUUUUGAAUGGCUUCGAAAUCCAGAUCAAUCUGAAACUGAAGGACAUUCAGUUGUUGAAAUAUCGACAAAAGACUUUUUUACUUGGUUGGAACAAGCAGAAACUGAGUUGGAAGAAGGUGAAGAAGAAAGUUAA